AUGUCGUCCGUUGCCGAGUCUCAAGGGGCGCUCUCCAAGAAUGAAGCUGAUCUUCAAGAGAAGCGUAAGGCCGCCAAGAGACAGAAGCGGGAGAUGCAGAAACGCAAGAAGCGCGCCAAAAUUGCCGAUGCAGAGUUCGCAGCAACACCAGGCAGCAAGCCCGAGAUCCAGCAAGAGCAACUUGAGUGUCCAACAGAUGCGGAUGCCAUCAUGGAGGUCGACUCUGAGAGCGAGUGGGAGGGCUUCCCAGAUCUCCCCACCCCAGCCGCGCACAUUGCAGCUUCCAAAUCGGAAGCCGACACCCUUGACUCCAAAGACGCUGGCAACGUCAAACCCCCAGUGAAGGAGGGAAAGAACGGCAUCACUGCACUACAGGAGAGCAUCGCACACCAGUUCCCAGGCGACCCUCGCCCGGCCACGCACGCUCUUAUGGACCUCCUCCUCGACCUGAAGAUCACAGACGAGUUCGACGGCCUCGCCGUCCCCUCGCAGCCUGGACUCCAUACCAUUGAGCAGCUUGCCACCGUAACGCGCCUCUGGUUCGAGAAAUACAGGAACAAGAACGUCGUCCUGGGUAUUGUGCUCAAGAACAAGAACCCCAUCAUCGACACGUUCGGCGACCACCGAAAGACGGGGACCCUCUGGAUCAAGUCCAGUAACGGAAACUUUCCCCAGCCGGGUGAGAAACCCGCGAGGUUCUCCGGAAUUCAGUUCGUCCCGGCGGACGUCCGCGAGCACGAGAAGAAGUACACAAAGACGAACAAGGACAGGCACUGA